UUUUAAUUGACCAUAAAUAAUGGAUAUUGUAGGAGUAAUGAAUUUUAUAAUUAUUAGAACGUGUUACCAUAAGUUUUAAAGGAUGAAGCAACAGAAGAUAAAGGUGAGAUGGCCAGAUUGGUAAUAUUAAUAUUUAAAAAUAAAAGUAAAGUUUUGUAGGCGCAAUAGCAGUGGCUGAUUUAGUAAAAACAACAUUAGGACCAAAAGGAAUGGUAUAAUAUUGAUUAUUAAUAGAUAGGAUAAAAUAUUAAAACCAACAGGACCUGGUUAAGAAAUGACUCAUAUUACUGUUACUAAUGACGGUGCAACAAUUUUAAAAUCUAUGUAUGUUGAGAAUCCAGCAGCUAAAAUUCUAAUUGAAAUAAGCAAGACUUAAGAUGAGGAAGUAGGAGAUGGAACAACAACAGUAGCAGUAUUAGCAGGUGAAUUAUUAAGAGAAGGAGAAAAAUUAAUUUAAAAAAGAAUUCAUCCAUAAUAAGUUAUAGCAGGAUGGAGAAUAGCAAGAGAUGUUGCAUUAAAGAGAUUAAGAGAUAUUUGUAAUUAUUAUUAUAUAUUUAUUUUAGCAACCGAAAAUGAUAUUGAAUCAUAAGAAUUUCAUAAUGAUUUACUCAAAAUUGCUAGAACUACUUUAAGUUCUAAAUUAAUCACCACAGAUAGAGAUUAUUUUGCUGAUUUAUGUGUCAAAGCAGUUUUGAGAUUGAAAGGAUCAUCUAAUUUAGAUUACAUUUAAAUUAUUAAAAUUCCAGGAGGAACUAUUAGAGAUUCUUAUUUAGAUGAUGGAUUCAUUCUUAAAAAAUAAAUUACUAUUGGAUGUAAAAGAAGAAUUGAAAAUGCUAAAAUAUUGGUUGCUAAUACAGCUAUGGAUUAUGAUAAAAUUAAAAUUUAUGGAACAAAAGUCAAAGUUAAUUCUAUGGAUAAAGUUGCUGAAAUUGAAGCAGCAGAAAAAGAAAAAAUGAAACAUAAGGUUGAUAAGAUCCUUUAAUAUUAACCAACUGUAUUUGUUAAUAGAUAACUCAUUUAUAAUUAUCCUGAAUAAUUAUUAGCUGAUUCUGGAAUUACUGUUAUUGAACAUGCUGAUUUUGAAGGUAUGGAAAGAGUUGCAGCUGCUACAGGUGCUGAAAUCUUAUCAACUUUUGAUGCUCCUGAAAGAAAAGAUCAAAUUUUAGGAUUUUGUGAAUUAAUUGAAGAAAUUAUGAUAGGAGAAGAAAAGGUAGAUUAGUUAUAAUAUAUAAAUAGAUGGUUAAAUUUUCAGGUUGCAAAAAGAAUGAAGCUUGCACUAUAGUAUUGAGAGGAUCUUCUAUUCAUAUUUUGGAUGAAGUGGACAGAUCAAUUCAUGAUGUUUUGUGUGUUUUAAUAACUACUGUAAAGAAUAGAAGAGUAGUAUGGGGUGGUGGUAAUUCAGAGAUGCAAAUGGCUGCUGCUUGUGAUGAAGAAGCUAAGAGAGUUUAGGGAAAAUAAGCUUUAGCCAUAGAAGCAUAUGCUAGAGCUUUGAGAUAAUUACCUACAAUAAUUUGUGAUAAUGGAGGUAUUAAUAUAGAUUAAUCAAAUAAGGAUAUGAUUCAGCUGAAUUAGUAUAGAAUUUCAAAGUAGAAUUAGAGAAAGGAAAUUUAAGUUAUGGAUUGAAUAUGAAUGAUGGAAGUAUUGGAGAUAUGAAAGAACUUGGAGUAAAGGAAUGUAUGAGAGUAAAAGAACAAGCAUUAUUGGCUGCAAGUGAAGCAGCUGAAUUAAUAAUGAGAGUAGAUGAUAUUGUAAAAUGUGCACCAAGAAAAAGGGAAAGAGCAUGAUAUUAAUUUAUUAAGUAUUUAAUAAAAUUAAAUUAUUCAAAUAAGCAACG